UCUCUCCAGGCUGGUCCGGGAGUUCGUGGCCCAGAACACCACCAUGCAAAUCAAACAUGUGAUCCAGACCCUGUCUCAGGAGUUUGCCCUGUCUCAGCACCCCCACAGCAGGAAAGGGGGCCUCAUCGGCCUGGCCGCCUGCUCCAUCGCACUGGGCAAGGACUCGGGGCUCUACCUGAAAGAGCUGAUCGAGCCGGUGCUGACCUGCUUCAAUGACGCUGACAGCAGGCUGCGCUACUACGCCUGCGAGGCCCUCUACAACAUCGUGAAGGUGGCCCGCGGCGCCGUGCUGCCCCACUUCAACGUGCUCUUUGACGGGCUGAGCAAGUUGGCUGCUGACCCAGACCCCAAUGUGAAAAGCGGAUCUGAGCUCCUAGACCGCCUCUUAAAGGUAUUUGUACUUGGUCUCCGCCUUUAUUUUUAG